AAACGACGGCUCCGGAUGUGGCAGCAGCCUGUUCCGGUACAUAAACGGCUGACACUGGACCAAAGCUCAGUCUCUCUCCGGUUCUCCCGUUCUCUCCGUUCUCUCCGGUCUCUUUCAGUUUCUCUCCGGUCUCUCCGGUUCUCCCGGUUCUCUCUGGUCUCUCCGGUUCUCCCGGUCUCUCCUCUCUCUCAGUUUCUCUGGUCUCUCUCAGUUUCUCUGGUCUCUCUCCGGUUCUCCGUUGCUACCGAACCGAUCAUGGACCCGUGCUCCUUCUGCUCGUUCACCAGCUGCGUCACCAAACAUCUGAACCUGAGGCUGCGCGUGGACUUCGAGAGACACGUGAUUACCGGGAAAGUGGCGCUGACGGUGGAAGCUCUGCAGGACCGGUUCUCUACUCUGACUUUGGACACCAGAGACCUGACAGUGACGUCUGUGUCAGCCAAUGGACAGCCAGCGUCCUUCAGCCUGGGCCCGAAACACAGCUUCAAGGGGACGCCGCUCAACGUCACAAUGCCCUUUGACGUCUCCAGAGGGCAGCAUGUGAUCGUGGAGGUGUCCUACGAGACGUCUCCGUCUGCCUCUUCUCUGCAGUGGCUCUCACCUGAGCAGACGGCCGGGAAGAAACAGCCCUACCUGUUCAGCCAGUGUCAGGCUCACCACUGCAGGAGCAUGGUGCCCUGCCAGGACAGCCCGUCCAUCAAACACACCUACUACGCCCAGGUGUCUGUCCCCAAGGACCUGGUAGCAGUGAUGAGUGCGAUGAGAGACGGACAGGAGGUGGACCCUGAGGACGGCAGCCGUGUCAUUUACAGGUUCAGACAGCCGGUGCCCAUGCCGUCCUACCUGAUCGCCAUUGUGGUGGGAGAUCUGGAGCACAGGGUCAUCGGGCCCAGGUCCAGAGUCUGGUCUGAGAAGGAGUUUGUGGAAAAAGCAGCGUUUGAGUUCUCUGAGACUGAGACCAUGCUGAAGACAGCUGAGGACCUGGUUGGACCUUACGUCUGGGGACAGUAUGACAUCCUGGUUCUUCCUCCAUCGUUCCCUUACGGGGGAAUGGAGAACCCAUGUCUGACCUUCGCCACGCCCACCCUGCUGGCUGGAGACAAGUCUCUGGCAAACGUCAUCGCUCAUGAGAUCUCUCACAGCUGGACUGGGAACCUGGUGACCAACAAGACGUGGGAACAUUUCUGGCUGAACGAGGGUCACACGGUCUACCUGGAGAGGAUGAUCGGCCGCUCUAUGAAUGGAGAACCCUUCAGACAGUUCAAAGCCAUGGGCGGCUGGAAGGACCUGCAGGACUCGGUGAACGUCUUCGGAGCCUCCAACCCUCUGACCAACCUGGUCCCCAGUCUGCAGGACGUCGACCCAGACGACGCCUUCUCUUCGGUGCCCUACGAGAAGGGCUUCGCUCUGUUGUACCACCUGGAGGAGCAGAUGGGAGGCCCAGAGGUUUUCAUGGGUUUUGUGAAGUCGUACAUCCAGCUGUUCGCCUACGGCAGCGUCACCACAGACGAGUGGAAGAACUACCUGUUCACCUACUUCAAAGACAAGGUGGACGUCCUGAACAAGGUGGACUGGAACGCCUGGAUGUUCACCCCUGGGAUGCCUCCUGUCAAACCUCAGUACGACACCUCGAUGGCCGACGCCUGCAUCGCUCUGAGCCAGAAGUGGAUCAAGGCCAAAGACCAGAACCUGGACGAGUUCGAUGAGUCCGACCUGAAGAAGUUGUCCUCACACCAGCACAUCGAGUUCCUGUCUCUGCUGCUGCAUGAGGAUCCUCUCCCUUUGACCCACGUCAAGAAGAUGCAGGAGGUUUACAAUCUCAACACCUGUAUGAACGCUGAGAUCCGCUUCAGGUGGCUGAGGCUGUGCGUCCGGUCCAGGUGGGAGGAAGCGGUUCCCAUGGCGCUGAAGAUGGCGACGGAGCAGGGCAGGAUGAAGUUCACCCGGCCGCUCUUCAGGGAGGUUUUUAACUUUGACAAAUACCACGAUGAAGCCGUCAGAGUGUUUCUGGCUCAUAAACAUGAGAUGCACCCGGUCACUGCUGGGCUGGUCGCUAAGGACAUGAAGCUGGACUCAAGCACCGCCGGCCUGUAACGGACCGGGAACCCAGACCAGGAACCGAACUGUGACAGACCAGGAACCCAGACCGGAAACCGACCUGUGACAGACCAGGAACCCAGACCGGAAACCGACCUGUAAACAGAAGUAUUAAUAAUCUGCUUCCUUCUCGACUGUUCUCUUUAUUUUUGUUUCCUGUUUCCGUCUCUAAUGAUUUUAUAAUGACAUAAACUCUGAGAGCUGGUUCUAGUUAAACCAGUUUCAUCAUGAACUUUAUUACUCGUUCUAUUUUCCAGCUGCUCACAGAAGAAAUAAACUCCGUUCUGCAUUUA